GUUACCCCUCUCUUUUUUCACCUUCGCUUCCCUCGCGUUAAUUGCAUAUCUCGCGCAACCAAACACAGCGUAAGAGAACAACAAUCGGAGUAUUCUAGAUUUUCGGAGCAGAUAAAAUCGCACAUUUGCAUCGCCCGCCCAAACACAUUCUCAAACCCAAAUUUCAAAUUAGAGUACUUGCUCAGCUCCACCUCUGCAGAUAUUGCAUUCAAAGCUUAGACAAACGAUUGGCAAUAAUCUUUAACAGAAGUUUAGACCCCCUCUUUAUUAAUUCCAUCGAAACCCGAUUUAUUCGAUCCGAAAAUGGCCAACUCCGAUUCCUCUGCUUCUCUUCCUGCCCCUGCUCCCCUCGCUCCUGCUCUUAAGAAGGAGAAUAUUACUCCGAUUGGUUCGAAGAUCGCGGAAUUAAAUGAAUCAAGAACAGAGCUUCUCAGUAGAAUUCAAUGCUUAAAACAGGAUUUGCAAAAUUGGAGAUCAAAGCUAGACACCCAAGUAAAAAUCUAUCGUGAUGAAUUGUCAGAACUGAAAAAAUCAUUGAAUGUUGAGGUGGAGCAACUUCGAUCAGAAUUUCGAGAGCUUAGGAGCACGCUUCAGCAGCAGCAAGAAGAUGUUACUGCUAGCUUGAGGAAUUUGGGGCUUGAGGAUAGCCCAGGAAAUGCCAAAGAGGUCCAAGAUCCUAAGGCUGAACAAGAGGAUGAGGAAGCUCAUGCUUCAACUGAGGAGGAUACUGAUAAGAAGGCUGAAAACUAGGUGGUAGUCUUCAAGCGUGUAUUUCUUGUACUUUAUGCUCUACAGGAGAAAAGCCUUCAUCUCCGAAUUAAUUUUUCUUGGGCAUGUAUGGCAGUGGAGUCAAAAUCUGCAACGGCGUAGAUAUCUAGCACAAGGCAGGAACUUUAUCUGAAAUUUGCAUUGAUUUACAUUUGCAUAUUUAUUUCAUUUUAAAAUGCCUGCCAAUGAAGAAUUCAAUCUUUAUUA